AUGCACAUGCACUUUACUCAUAGAACUAUUGGACUCGCAUGGACUGCUCUUCACAUUCUCUUUUGGAUACAACUGUCUAAUGGUGUUCCUUUGCUUCAUCGACCACGGACAAUCUCUGGUCACCCAAACACUAAUCACGAAGGUUAUAAAUCUACGCUAUCGACCAGGGAUAACGCUAACUCGAGCGCUUCAAGUAACGGUACCACCUCCGUAUCACCGAGCAUUCGAGAUGAUGUAGAGAGUAUGCUCCAGCUCAUAGGACCAGACGCAGAAUCUCGUUUCGUGAGCAUCAACCUUCCUACGGCUUUUGGUGCCAACGAUCCCGUACAGUCCAACAAGGAUCUCAGUCAACUUGUCGACCGCGCCUUUCUUUUGGGACAGGCAAAAUCAGGGAAUAGCGGCUGGGUGGACACUUAUAUUCAAUGUUUGAUUGAUGUAGCGAACACUCUACCUAGUCUGGAUAAUCAGACUGUACUUAUUGACGACUACUACAAUUCCAUGCGGACCCUUGCGCCUGUACAGGCCAAGCUCGUCCAGGCGUAUAAAGCAGCCAAGAACGAAUCCACAACUAACAUUGGAGUCCAACUCUCUUCUGGUCAGCUGAUUGAUGCGUUGACCAUGCGGACGGUUGACGAAUGGGCGGCUUCUGCUUUUAACGGAAGCGACUCUGGUGAAGGAAGUAGCCAUUCGGGUUUCGACUCUAAAGACUAUACGAAUUAUCUUAGUCUUAACGCUUCUUAUACCAAGAUCUUGCCUAAGUACAACAAGCUGGAAACUGCCAAUAAGAUAGCAUCGGAAGGCUGGCUUUUAAGGGAAAUGAUCAACCAAUCCCCCGCCAUCUUCAAUCUAUCCAUGAUCACAUCUGGCGAUCCUUCCUCUCUUUCAGCACAUUACUCCCCUGCAUGUACGUCGGUCGCUGUUACCAGUUCCAAUUCCGACGUCAGCGGGAACUUGGAUCACAGUCUUCAUGAUGGGACAGAUAACAGUACCACAUAUGCUACAAGUAUCAAUAACGAGGCUCCUGUGUCGACCAGCAUCUCAUUCAAUUCUCCCACAGAAUCUUCUGAUUCCGGUUCAUCAUCUGCGACUCCCACGAGCACGAAUUCUUUAAGCUCUAAACAGAAUACCCAGUCGCCAACCUCAACUUCUGCCGUUUCGCUCGCACACACGGCUACAGCCACUGGUUCUGCUCGAAGAUCAAGGAUCAGACGAGCUAUAGUUUCGACAGGGUCCCGGAUUCAACGCAGGGCGUUGGCAGCAUCUAAUGCCCUAUUGCUCGCCGCAAGUGCAGAUAGUACUUCUGCUCGCACGACAAGUUCUGGGAAAAAUGCGGGGAAACCUGCUGGGAAAUACGCAUCGCUUCCUGGUAUGAAAGAAGUCGCAUCUGCUGCACACUUCGCAGCAGAGCCUGACGUUGCGGAUGCUGUAUCUUUUGCGCCACUUUUAUCUACAGCCACUUUGACUCAGACUUCCAGUUCCAGUUCUGCCACCUCUGUCAACGGCGUUCUCAAGCCAAACAUGACUCUUCAGGAGGGUGCAUGGUCAAAUAAUCGUUUGGAAUUCCUAAAAUUCAUCGCUCAAAAUCAUCCUGAGAUUUACCGCAAGUAUUUCUUCGGUAAUGCGUCGGGAAACGGGACGACAGGUGAUGGGCCUUUGGGAAAGCAUUGGACACAUAUCUUCCUUCUGGUUACGGUCAAGGCGAACUCGACGGAGAUUGAGACGAGUCAGGUGGUGGGGAUGGUGUAUGAUGUCCUGCCUGGUUUGGUGGUUCCCAGCACCUCGGAAGAUGUAGAUGCCGAUAAACGAAAAGCCAAUUCUGAGAACAACAGCACUGAUACUUCGAGUGGUACGGAUACUGGCACGAGUGGCCAAAACCAAACAAAGGAGGAUAAAGACUUGGGGGGCGGCAUCGGUCAACCCAAUUCAAAUACCUCGGACACUGAGUCUAGUUCGAAGUUAGGCGCCUCUUCAAGUUGUAAACAAUCACUUGCUCUUCGGCAGAAAAUAACUUCUCCUUCCCACAUCUAA